CUGACAGUAAACAUUUAUAAAAUAUUUUUUAAACUCAAAAAUAAACUUUUAAAAUGAACUGCACAAGAUAAAUAAAAUAAAAGAAAAUUAUUAUUUAUUUCCGUGGGUCCAGAUAAAUCACUGAAUGACAUUGAUGAUAACAAUAAAUAAAUAAAUAAAUAUUUAUUAUUAAAAGUAUUAUUUUCUGUGAGUGUAUGCAGUAUUGCUUAAUCCGGUGUGCUAAUUAUUAAGACCAAUACUUUGUUUUCUACAUUUUCUUGUUUCCAAGACCUUUGAACUGGUAUUAAAACAUAUCAAAAACAACAAAGUUGAUAAUUACAUUACUCAUUUUAAAGAAGUUAUGUUUAAGAGCAAUUACUAAUUGACGACUUGUGUGCAUGUGAGCUUACAAUCGGCUGUUUCGAGCUCAAGUAUUAUCAUUAUUCAAAAUGAGAUUUUUACGGCGAAAUGGAUACGGGUUGAUAGACGAUAGUGUUGAAGUGCCGUUUGAAAGCAGUCGUUCAAAUUCAAAUCCACAAGGCACUACGGUGAUAGGAACAAUUUUUUUACUUCUAAACGCGACAUUGGGAGCCGGAUUGUUAAAUUUUCCCCUGGCAUUUGAUCGUUCCGGUGGAGUGAUAUCGGCAAUAAUAGUACAGUUAUCAUUCCUAAUAUUUAUCACAAUUGCUCUGGUGACCCUUGCAAAUUGCAGUGAUAUAACGAAGACAUCCUCAUUGCCGGACACUGUUGCUGGACUGUGUGGGCCUAAAACCUUGAUAUUAUCGGGAAUCUGUGUCACUAUUUAUAGCUUCGGAUGCUGUCUUACAUUUAUAAUUGUCAUUGGUGAUCAAUUUGAACGCGUUCUAGCCACUUACUAUGGAAUGGAUUUUUGUCACCACUGGUUCUUAUCACGGACAUUUAUCACAUGCGUUACCUGUACACUUUUUAUCCUGCCGAUAAGUUUUUUUAAGCGACUGGACAUUCUCAGUUACGUCAGUUCCGUUGGAUGCAUAACUAUCGUCUACGUGAUAUGGGUAAUUAUUCACCAGAGUAUCAAUACACCAGAUUACCCAAGACCGACCCAAGCAUGGCCGCGAAAUGCUUCCCAAGCAUUCCAAUUAGUGCCAAUUAUUUGUUUCGCUUAUCAGACUCAUAUGACUUCAAUACCAACGUACGCGUGCAUGAAAGACCGCAACCUCUGUAAAUUUACCUGGUGCGCGGUACUGAGCAUGGGUUUGUGUUUUUUAUCCUACACGAUAGUCGGGAUUUUCGGGUACAAGACCUUCGGCGCGGGCCACGUUCCCAGUGACAUUUUGCAAGGAUACGACGACAAAAGUCCCAGUCUCGCGAUAGCGAUAAUUGCAAUCGCUGUCAAAAAUUUCACCACAUACCCGAUAGUGCUUUUCUGCGGGCGGAAUUCGCUGCUGGGUUUAUUUCGCGCGGACAUCGAGGAAAACGUUACAGUGAGAGCUAUUGUGACUCUACUGUGGUUUAUUUUGACAUUAUUCGCAGCAGUUGUCAUCUCGGAUAUAUCACCGGUUAUAAAUCUCAUGGGAACUCUUUCAGCGACGUUUAUAUUUAUUUUUCCCGGGAUUUGUUUGUUGCAGAGCGUGUUGCUCAAAGAUCCUUCGAUAUAUUUAAACAAAAGCCGGUUUCUUGUCGUUGUUGCCGUAAUUAUGACUGCUCUAGGUGGAUUUGUUUGCGGUUUAGUGUUGGUACAAGCGCUUGAAGAUCUAUACCGAGUUCCGGUUGACAAAAAAUUUGUUACGGGAUUUAGAGUAGAUCUCGGCAGUACUCUGUGCGUUUUAAAAUGAAGACUGUUGAUAACUUUAUCGCGUUACAGGUACAGGUGUCAUGAGAGCGUACUCAGAAAAAAGAAUUUCUUAACAUGAGAAAAUUUUUACUCCCCAAGAAAUUUUAAAUUUGUCAUGCAAAAAUUUCUUGGGACGAGUAAAGUAUAAAUUUUUUUUCGCUAAUUGAUGUACUUUACUAAUUAUUUAAAUGGACUAGUACAUCAAUUGUCGAUAAAAAAAAUUUAUAUGCCCUUUCAAAAAUAUCUAUUAUUAAUGUACGCUAUCGCCGCACCUGCAAUUUGUUAUUUUAAUUUAAAUUUAUUAAAAAUAAGUUAUUUGUUAAGAAGGACUUGCUCUUAUCACAAAAUACAUACCAAGGCUCCUUUAUAAUCCAGCGACUGGCAGUUAAAUUUUUUUAAAAUUUUUAUUCGGCUGCGAGAAAAGUUUUGACAGUUCCCAUUUACUGUACGAGCGCGACAAAGACAUUUCCGUUCUGCUCGAGAGCAAAAGAGAAAAAAGCGCAACCCUCCUUUUAAGUGAAUUUGAAAUUAAAAUCCGAGACUGAGGAACGAGAGAUAUUGUGACUAAAAAUAAAUGAA